AUGACAAUUCCAAUAACUUCCCUCCAGCUAGAACACAUCCCCCGACCGCAUACAGUGUAUAUAACCCUUUUCAAGGAUGUGAAAAACGCAACCUUCCUCCGGGAUCAGCUUCUAGCCGGAAAUUCCGAAUUUGAAUACGCUUUUAUUGAUGCGAAUACUAUAAUAUCGAAAGUCCACGCCCUUGCAGCUGCUCACCAGGCCAUCCACAAUCUCCUCGUGGCAGGGAAAUUGCGCACUAGAAAUGUCCAUUCGGAGACCGUAUUCUGUCUCAGCCCAAACAACAAUAUCACGGACGCUUUUAAACGAUUUGGGAUAUUACCUACUACUACCUCUCUCUUGUGCAUCAAGUUUUCUACACCCUCUGCACCCAUUACUCUGGAAUCCAUACAAUCACACCUAGAAAGGUCCGUGGAAGGAACAGCUGUAAAGUUCACGGACGAGAAUUUACUGCAGGAAACGGUGGUGGAUUGGGCCAAAGUGGCGAAGAACUACAAGAUCAAGUCCGAUAACCUCAACACACAAAGCCUAUUGAAUGAGAAAGCUAUAGGAGGGGGGCUCAAAAGUCUUGAAGUAGAAGUGUUGGGAAAGUUAGUAGUAAGGACUGCCGGAUGA